CGAUAAAGGUUUAUAACUCAACAAAAAAUAUGUCCUCAGUCCAAACAAAAAACUUGUUGACUACAUAUAAGACAAAUAGCCAGCCAGUGGUAAACUUUGCAGUGCAGUAUAGACUGGCCAGAAAGCUGCUCUACGUACAGUAACAGGCUUGGUGUUAUCCUUAAAAGGGAUGCAAUGUACUCUAGGGAUGGAGAGAGUCCCCUACGAAAAAUCGUAAUAUGUCGAUGUGUCGGUGCUACCUUUGGAAGGAUGUCGAGUUCUGGCGUUUUUUGACACUCGCCAUUCUAAGGAAUGGCGAGUGUUGUUAUACGAAUAUGUGCCAAAAAUAACAUAGUGCACCGUAGAAGGAUCAAUGAGGUUCUGUUGUCGUGCUAUUUUUGCAUCUUUUUAUAUUCGCAAUGUUUUCGUAAGUACUUUUAAUUUUCUUUAUUGCUUAUGUUUGGAGUUUUCAAGCCAUCAAAACUACCAGGCCAGCCUGUUGUACGUACUGGAUUGACCUGAUGGAUUUCUUCAUCGGCAAGGGCUGCCGCCUCAGUAUACAACACACUGCUACAACAACACUCAUCUGGCACGGGAUAGCUGUGAGCACCACACAGGCUAGAACAUGGAGAUCCGAUUUGUGUGGUGUUCAUUGCUUUCAUGAGAAGCUAAGCUGCGAGCUACCGGGCGCGUUCACAGGUUGCGGAUAGUGGAAUGCUCAGUCGGGGACAACCAGCGGUAUCGAGCGGAAAGUCUCAGUGAGAGGCCGGGCGGCACCGGCUCUUGCUCAAAUACUGUGCGCCUAUGAUGCUCGAUUACAAAAGGCGAGUUAUUGGCGCCUUUAAAUAACCAAUGGCCAUCCUGUUCUUGCGGCGAUCGGUUCUAACCUACAGGAGCUUGACGAGGAUCGCCACCUCCACAUGAAAAUGUGGAUACAACAACAACAAAGCCCAUAUUUUUAAUAUUUUAGCAAUUUAUACGUUGUUGUAGCAUUGUGUUGUGUUUCAUCCGUUCGUCUGUUGGGAUCUCUUAGAUAUCCAGAUCUAGUAACUCAACUACUACGAUCAAUUGCUUCAGAGGGAUCUGGUCCUAAGCCGAAUAGGAUUGGCUGGGCAGUUCAACGUGAGUCUUGUGAUUCCAUGUUCAAUCGAAACACACAUUGCAUCAAUCUUAACACUUAAGGAAUUGAGUCUGCUGCCAGAACUACUCUGGUUUGCCGCGGAAGGCUAACUUGUUCAGAUGGGUGGCGGCCAAAAUCCCAAAACUGCGUUCACUCGGUAGCAGCUCAAUCCUUCAGUUACCGUGUCUGAUUGAAUUCUGUCUAAACCCGUCUGAAACCCCACCUGAUCCAAAGUUCUUUCUUGUAGCGUUAAACUUUUCUAGAUUGUGUCUCCUCCAAAAAUUUACUUUAAAUCAGUGUCGGGCAAAUACACACACACACUGUGUGGGAAGUUCCAUAUAUAAUAUAUAUGGGACUUCGCCUAUAAAUAUACAAAUUAUAUUAUUUAUCAUUGGCCUUAUUCAUAAAACUCUAUGAAGCCUUAAAAUAGGUCUAUUUGACAGUUCUAUAAAGGAAAACUGUCGAAUAAAUCUAUUUUCAAUCUACAUCAAGUUUUCUGAAUACCGGUGCAUAUAUGCAAUGCAUUGAGUUUCAGAGGAUAUUUAUGAUUCGGAGGUGGAAGAGAGAAUAGAAUUAUUGUGCACCUGCAUUAGAACAUAAUCUCAUGGGCUUGUAAAUAGUGUGCAUGUGUGUUAGUGUGUACACCUCUGCUUUAGACUCGUGUUUUUUAAUAUCAAAGAUUGUAUAGGACCAAGAAAUAUGGUUCAUUUGGUCUUCCUAAUAUCGUAAAAGUGGCACAGAUUAGAUUCACGCAAGUUGACAUGUCUUAUGCAGCAUUUUAACCAAUUCGUAAAUAGUAAAGUAAUCUGCUAAUUAUUACGAAAUUAUGCUCAAUUGUGUUGAAAAAAUUCGCAAAUAAUACAAAUAAAAAUUUUCUUUAUCUUUUGGCACCGUUUAAAGCAAAAUGCAAACACCAUAGCGCAACUAAUAAACCGUAGUUUCACACACUUAUUAACCUUAUCUGUACGACUUACCAAAAAAGACGAAGCAGUUUAACCAUCUUGUACAAUUCCUAAAAUCUUUGCUUGAUAUGUCAAAUCACAUGUUGCCUCGUGCAUACAUUUCGGCCCACCCUAUGCAACAAUCUUGCAGAAACAGCUGAUGAUGCCAUUUUAAGAAGAAGAAGAUCGGCAUGUUUGGUUAUUGUUUUGAUUUGUUCCCAAAAACACGUUUAUAUUCUCAUAGCUACCAUUUAAACAUGGAAACCCGCAAGCUCGAAUAUGAUUCAACAUUGGGUGGACCAGUGGUGCUGGGCACCCAUAUGCCCACAUACAAAUAUGCUGCUUCAGCUCUCAAGGAACUUAAAGAGCUAAUUAGUGCCACGAAGCAGACAACAUCAACCAAAUUAAUAUUUCAAUCUUUGCCCAAACACAUGAGACGAAGGGCCAUGUCUCACCAUCCCAAAAGACUGCCAAGAAAGUAUAGGGCAGCCCACAUUCAUCAAAUGUCCAAAUCGGGAAAACCACAACAAACAAAAAGGCCUUCGAGAAAACAUCGCAGACGACCUAAAAAUCUGUUAAAGGAUUACUUGAGGCGCCAACGAAAGCAUCAAUGGCUGGAAACCCAUAUCUGGCAUGCCAAGAGAUUUCAUAUGAUAGAAAAGUGGGGAUACAAGCUUCCAUAUGCCAGCUGUGAUAAGACUUACCGCGCUUGUUAUCGAGCUACAACAGAACAUUGUUUACUUCAAGAUAUUUCGUUUCAUGCUUGCAUAGAAAUGAAGGGAACAGUGAGUAAAUUGAAGGAUGGUUUCGAUAGGCUGACCAGCAGGGAGUGUGGUUUAUCCAUAGCGGCCAAAACAUUCUUAACGGGGCGUAGAGAAGGUUGCAUAGAUAUAUUCAGGGAUGGACAGUAUCCCUAUAAGGCUCUGGGAAAAGUUUCCUUUAUUUGGCGUUGCGAAGAUGAUGAGGCAAAGGCGAUAGAUGGCAACAGAACACUUUGGCUGUGGGUGCAUGCCGCCAGCUACCAUCAAAUACUGGAGGAAUUAGUUAAAGUUUUCGAUUUGAAAAAUCAAAGAUUUAAAAAGUUGCCUUUAGAGGAGAAGCAUGAGAUGACAGCAACAGAGUCACCAAGUGAAUCAAAAAGUUUGCCAAUUAAAAAAGAAAGACGUUUGCAGUUUAUGACAAAAUCCACCAUAAGGCGAAAUGUACCUAUCUAUAAAAAUGACCAAACCCAUGUUGAAGUAAGAGAGCUUAAGGAUACAUUAAACCGAUUUCGUCUUACCGGACCUUUAGCACAAAGUGUUCUUCAGAAAGCCCUUAAGGUAACAGACUUGGAAAAGAUUGUCAAUGCAAAGGAGAAUUGGAUAGGCGAUUAUCUAAACAAUGAUAAUUUCCAAGUGAUUCACAAAAAACAAUCGGAGUUUUGGACUAGUUGCCGUGAGCGUAUAACCUCUCCUGGGGAGCUACUUUCAAAUAUGGUGCUGGCUUUGAAUAUAGAGGACUUUCGUUUGAAUCGUCCUGAGAAGCGAAGCAAAGCCUUAAUAACUCCUAAUGCUCAAAUAUUUCAUGAGGCCAGCGAUUUUCUUUGUGAUAUUCAACCCCUUUUAAGUUCUUCGCCAUUGUGGUGCGAAGAGAUAAGAAAUCGAAUAUCCAACGAAAUGUUGAGUACCCAUGAGUAUUGUUCCCUAAGGGCAAAACAUGCCAUUGUUCCUGGUAAACCAUGCAGAUUUGAAGAUUCCAUGCAACCAAUACCUGUGGUACUAAUUCAAAGACCAGGUUCUCAGGAUGGAGGUUAUAAGCGCUUAGCAUAUGGUUGUGGUUGGGACGUUAUAGCACCUGCGGGAUAUGGUAUGUCCUUAUGGCUAUCAUUGAUUAUGUGGGGUGCCAGGCCAGGGGGCUUGAGAGAAUUUGAAACUGUUGCUAGAGAAAUGGGAACAGAGGAGCAUUUACCGGAUACUAUUGGAGGCUUACAAAUCCAUGGACAUCGCUACAAUGAGCUCUACAACAAAUACUUUCGCUUACCACCGGGUAAACGUUGCAAUUAUCGGAAGUUUUCCAUAGUAUCACCAUUUCGUGUGCCUUUUAAACAACUCAUAAGAGACUGGGAUACAAGAGUUGACCCCAUGCAAACCGUUGAAACUAAGGAGACUGAUUUUUACAUUCUACGAGAUCGUACUAAACUUCAAGCCAUUGCAGAUUGUGUGAAAAAGUGUACAUUACACAAAUUUCCCCAAGACUUGGAGCCUCAGUGUAUGAUACAAAUAAAGUUAAAGUUAAAAUCAAGAGGAAAUCCAGGAGAUUUUUCAGUUAUUUGUUUGCCCAACAAAAAGGAUUUUAAAAAGAAUCUAAAACAAAUUGUGCAACGUAAUCACGAUCCGAUUUAUGUAGAACCCUUAUUACCGGAUCCCAAUGAAAAGGAACGAAAACGAUUACGACUUGAGCAUAAAAAACAAUUGAAACGCUUAAGGUCUAGACGAGUAAGAGAAAAGCGCAAAAAACAGGAAACUAGCAAAACUAAGGUUAUAAUUAGACCAGCUGGCACUAAAGCCAUGUGUUUGGAACAAUUAAAGAAAAUGUGCAAAUUAUGGCUACCCGAAGACACGGAGACUCUGUUCAGCGUUAGGAAGCAGGGCACUCGAGAUUGUUUUGGUUAUAUAACCUCAGCUCAUUUUUGCUUAACCGAAGGCAACGUGGGUGGUAUAGGCUACGUUACAGUUGAAGGUUUGCGACAACUUUUAAAGUUAUGCCAACAGUGUCGUGUAAAACAACCACAGUGCUUGAUUCGUUCAACCAACAGCCGUAAUUAUCGUUUAGCUGCAUUUCAAGUCAACGUUAAUGUGUAAUCAAAUAAAUGUUAAAUGCAUUUUUCUACAUAUAUUCCAAUAAUUGUGAAACAGUAUUUCUAAGUGGAAGUUGAAUGAAGAAAGCCGCAAUAUGAACCUCCGGUA